CGCCCGUGUUCGCACAACCCGUCACUUCUACAGCACAAUGGCCGCUGUUAUCUCUUGCUCCGCCCUCGCGGCGCGUGUCGUCUCCGGCUCCGCGACCGGCUCCCGCGCCCGCGGCGCGGUGAACCUCAGGGCCGUGAAGAUGACCAACGCGAAGGGCCGUGGCGCUCUCGUCGUGUCCGCGGCUUCCGCGGUCGCGUCCGGCUACGCCUCCGCGCUCGUCGAGGCGUGCGGCGACGCCAAGGCGCUCGAGUCCGUCCACGGCGACAUGGAGACGAUCACGGCGUACAUGGCCGCGAACCCUUCCGUCGGGACGUUCCUCUCCAACCCCACCAUGGAGGCGCCUCAGAAGAAGGACGUCCUCGCGAAGCUCGGCAAGGAGGCGGACUUCCACCCGUUCACGAAGAACUUCCUCAACCUUCUCGUGGACAAGAAGCGCAUCGGCAACAUCGAGGAGAUCGCCGAGGAGUUCGAGAGCCUGUACUGCGACUCCACGGACACGCAGAUCGCGACCGUGACCUCCGCCGUCAAGCUCGAGAACGAGCAGCAGUUCAUGAUCGCCAAGAAGAUCCAGGAGAUGACCGGCGCGAAGAACAUCAAGCUCAAGCCCGAGGUGGACCCCUCCCUCCUCGGCGGCUUCGUCGUGAAGUACGGCAAGGACGGCUCCGGCUUCAUCGACAUGUCGGUCCAGGGACAGAUCAACACGAUCAAGAACGAGAUUGUCGUUGCUUAAAUUGUUAAAUGCGAUAGUCGGCAGAGUCGCGGAGAGGACGUCCCGGGAUGGGUCGUGCUCCGCGGUGACUGUCACGCGUGGGGGGUAUUACGCGCGCGUCUUGGCCAGGGCGCGCGCAACGAGUUGUGCGUUCGAGGAAACACACCGGCAGUGCGCUGUUAGAUUUUCCAAACGAACCGUGUGAAUACGAGCGAGAAAGGAUAAUGUCC